UUACCUGUAAUGGCUGUACCGUAUUAUUAUGAAGCUCAACGUCAUAGAGAUGAAGUAUUACGUUUGCUUCAAGAUGCGUUAGAAGGAAUACGACGUUUAGAACAUAUAAAAACGAAAAUUACGUAGAAAACGUCGUUAGGAAUUAUAUAAAUAAAGAUUUUGUCAUGCACUUUCGCUUAUCUCGAAGUAUUACUUAUCAACUUAUUGCACGUUUUGAAAGAUCGGAUAUUUUUACAUCUUUACGAGAAUACGCAGGAUACAAGCCAAGAACAUCAGAAAAACAUAUUUUAAGUUAUUUAUGGUUCCUCGGUCACGAGAGUGCAAGAUAUCGGGAUGUAGCUGAUCGGUUUGCAAUUACAAUAAGUACAUUGCAUGUUAUAAUUACAAGAGUUACAACAUUUUUAAUGCAAAUUGCGCCAGAGAUAAUAAGAUUUCCUAUGUUAGAAGAAAAAGAAACGACAAUGAGAUAUUUUCUGCAGGAGAAAGGAUUCCCUGGAAUUACUGGUGCAAUGGAUGGCACGCACAUUAGAGUUGACAAGCCCGAAGAAGAUCCUGAUUCGUACAUAAACAGAAAACAAUAUUUUUCUAUACACAUGCAAGGUACAGUUGAUCAUAAAUGAAAUUUCUGGACGUUUUUAUUGGUUUCCCAGGAUGAGUUCAUGAUGCAAGAGUUUUCCAGAAUUCUCCUUUAUAUGAGUCUCUUCAAGAAAUUUGCACAGGAGGAUCUUAUUUACUUGGAGACAGUGCGUAUUCCUGUUUACCAUAUUUAAUGGUUCCAUACAGAGAUAAUGGGCACCUUACUCGAGCGCAAAGAAAUUUCAAUCAACGAUUGAGUUCAUGCCGUGUAGUAGUGGAAAAUACAUUCGGUUGUUUGAAGCAGAGAUUCAGGCAACUAUAUCACUUAAAAUUACGGAACAUUAUACGCAUGGUACAAGUUAUACAUGCUUGUUGUGUUUUACACAAUUUAGCAAAUUUAAACGAUUUAGAAUUUUUCGAACCUAUAAAUAAUAAUGAAGAUCCUGACCCAGAAGCUAUAAUUAUAAAUAAUGCAAAUUAUAACGAAAUAAUUCUUGAUAAUCAUCUUGGUCGCGAA